AUGCCACCAGACACUGAAUUAGACACGCCGACGGUAACGCGCGGGCGCCAACGUCCGGGUGCCGCGUGUGACGAGUGCCGACGACGAAAGCUGCGUUGCGAUGGGCAACACCCACAGUGCGGCGUAUGUCGCGAUACCGACGUGAUUUGUGAGGUCACUCAACGUGGUGUCCGGGGCCCCAAGAAAGGCCACCUGAAGGCCCUGAAGAACCGCAUUGUGCACCUAGAGGCCAUGCUCGAGACCCGCUUGUUGCCCCAUCAGCAUCAGCCCCAGCUACGGUCGGAUCUACAAGGCGAUUCCCAAAACAGCCACGAAGACGAUGGAAGGACUACUGUAUCCUCGGGCUCGGAGCAUGAGGCGUUUGUCUCAAACGGCUAUGGGCUGCAAGAGUUGAAUCUGACGGCCGUGCCGAGUAAUCAGGACUCUUUUGUGUCUGCGGCGCCUACGCCACACGCGUCUAAUCUGAAUUUGUCUGAAAUGAUACAGGCUGAAUUGUAUACUACCCCUUCCCCUCCGGAAAUGCAUUGCCGGGACCAGCUGUACUUGGACCGUGUACACCAAUCAAUUCCGAUUCUCCACCAAAGGCGGUACUUGUCAUGGUCCAAGUCUAGUACCAAGACAGCGUCCCAUCGAUGCCUACAAUAUGCUAUGUGGACCCUGGCCUCGAUGUUGUCCGCUCAUUCCCGGCACCUGGUCGAGCCACUCUACCAACAAGCCAAACAGAUGCUAGAGGAUCUCAGCGUCGAAGCCAAUGAUAACAGCAGUUUUAACACCGCACUGGCCCAGGCAUGGGUUCUGGUCGUGACAUUUGAGUAUAUGCGAACGUAUCACCGUCAAGCGUGGAUGAGCGCCGGUCGCGCAUUCCGCUUAGUGCAGGCCUUGCGAUAUCAUGAAAUUGACAACCCCAUUGACAAACGUGGACCUUCCUCCCCACAAUGCGGAGACUUUAUCGAAGUGGAGGAGAGACGCCGAGUCUUUUGGAUGACUUACUUCCUGGACCAUGUCAUCAGUAUGCGCGAUGACUGGCCGAUUACUCUGAAUGAACACGUGAUUUGCACCCGUCUUCCUGCUCCAGAUGCCGAGUUUCAAAGUGGAAGCCAUGAUCUUGGACCAUUAUUGUCAGAAGCCAUGACGGAGCCCACUCUGAAAGUCCGAUCUUCAUUCAACGAGUGUCUCAUCUUGGCCACCAUCUGUGGUCGUAGUCUCCUGCAGAGUCAACGGUAUCACAUUUCCAAAGCGUAUGGAGACAUGACCAUGGACUGGAUGGAGCAACGCAGGUGGCUAGAUAGUAUACUCACGAAUCGACUCCAAGUCUUAUCGCAGUGUUACCCAGCACCGACGGAGUCAUACGACCCCCUUUUGCUAUUCGCCAACAUCCUUGGCCAGGCGACUGUAAUCUACUUUUGCAAAGCGAUGAACGAUACUACUGCGGAUAGCUCAAUGAAUGAGAAUACCCCUGAGUUCAUUCAGUACCAAUAUCGCGCUUUGGAGGCAUCUACCAAUAUCAUCAGCCUGGCAUCCACUUUACGGGACCUGCCGUUUUCAAGGGCAAGUCCAGUUACAGGCGCUUGA